AGAGCAAGGCAAUUAGCGUUCGGGGGAAAAUUAGAAUGAGGAGGGUGAUGAUGAUUGUCGAUGAUGCAGGUGGUAUACGCUCUGGAAACACUUCAUAUUGGGAUGGGCAGUGUACUCCUCUUUCUUCACUCCUCUUGAGUUUGGCUUCUUCAGAGGACUCCCUAGCAAGCUCUUCUGGCUUGACAUCGCCGGCCAGAUUGCCUUCCUCAUCGACAUCGCCCUCCAUUUCUUCAUCGCUUAUCGUGACCAUCACACCUACAGAAUGGUCUACAAGCCCACUUCCAUUGCUCUCAGAUAUGUAAAGUCUGGAUUCAUCAUUGAUUUGCUUGCUUGCUUACCGUGGGAUGCUAUUUACAAGGCAUGCGGAUACAAGGAAGAAGUGAGAUACCUAUUAUGGAUUCGUUUAACCCGAGUUCAGAAAGUCACAGAUUUUUUCCGCAAGAUGGAGAAGGAUAUACGAAUAAACUAUCUGUUUACACGAAUAGUGAAACUCAUUGUUGUGGAGCUCUAUUGCACACAUACGGCUGCCUGCAUUUUCUACUACUUGGCAACAACUCUUCCUGAAUCAAUGGAGGGCUACACUUGGAUUGGAAGCUUAAAGCUUGGUGAUUAUAGCUAUUCACAUUUCAGGGAUAUUGAUCUUGGAAAGCGCUACUUGACGUCAUUAUAUUUUGCCAUAGUCACCAUGGCAACUGUAGGUUAUGGAGAGAUACAUGCGGUCAACACCAGGGAAAUGAUAUUCAUCAUGAUUUAUGUUUCCUUUGAUAUGAUUCUAGGAGCUUACUUGAUUGGUAACAUGACAGCACUAAUAGUAAAAGGAUCAAGAACAGAAAGAUUCAGGGAUAAAAUGAAAGAUCUCAUUAAAUAUAUGAAUAGGAACAGACUUGGCCGAGAUAUCCGAGACCAGAUUAAAGGACAUGUGCGCUUACAAUAUGAGAGCAACUAUACAGAGUCUUCUAUUAUUCAAGAUAUCCCGGUGUCAAUUCGUGCUAAGAUUUCACAAAGCUUAUACAAACCCUACAUUGCAAGUGUUCCUCUGUUUAAAGGAUGCUCUUCAGAAUUUAUUCAUCAGAUUGUGAUCAAGCUGCAAGAGGAGUUUUUUCUCCCUGGAGAAGUGAUCAUCGAACAAGGCAAUGCUGUAGAUCAGAUUUAUUUCGUCUGUGAUGGUGUAUUGGAAGCUAUUGGGAUUUGUGAAGAUGGAACAGAGGAGACUAUUCUAAUGUUAGAGCCCAGUUGCUCAUUUGGAGAUAUUUCCGUUCUUUGCAACAUUCCUCAGCCCUAUACUGUACGUGUGUGUGAACUAUGCAGACUCUUGCGUAUUGAUAAGCAGCUUUUAUCAAAUAUCAUUCAGAUAUACUUUGUUGAUGGACGAAGAGUCCUAAGCAAUCUUUUGGAGAGUAAUGAAUCCAACAUUCGUGUCAAGCAACUUGAAUCCGAUAUCAUAAUCCAUAUUGGGAAGCAAGAAGCUGAGCUUGCAUUACGAGUAAAUAGUGCUGCUUUUCACGGAGAUUUGGAUCACCUGAAGGGUUUGAUUCGAGCUGGGGCAGACCCUAAGAAGAGUGAUUAUGAUGGGCGAACUCCUUUGCAUCUUGCGGCAUCAGGAGGAUAUGAAGAUAUCACUUCAUUCCUUAUUCAUGAAGGGGUGGACAUUAAUGUUUUAGAUAAAUUUGGGAACACUGCGCUAUUAGAGGCUAUCAAAAACGGACAUGACGAAAUGGCUUCCUUACUCUUCAAACAUGGAGCAAACUUAAACCUCAGUGAUGCUGGUAGCCAACUUUGUGCUGCUGUUGCAAAGGGGGACUCAGAUUUUCUAAAGAGAGUUUUAUCUUAUGGCAUCAAUCCAAACUCAAAAGAUUAUGAUCACCGUACACCUCUGCACAUUGCUGCUGCAGAGGGCAUAUUUGUGAUAGCAAAAAUACUUCUAGAGAAUGGAGCUAGUGUUUUUGCCAAGGACAGGUGGGGAACUACACCAUUAGAUGAAGCGCAUAAAAGUGGAAGCAGAUCCUUGAUAAGGCUAAUGGAAGAAGCUAAACAAGAAGAGCAGUCCUUGUUUCCUGGGCAACAAGAUCAAGAAGUACAAGGUUUAUUUUGACACAAUUCAUUUUAUUUCACAAGGGAUUUUAUGUUUUUUUAAUUCUCAUAGAUGAUUCCACCAUUUAGUUAUCAUUAUCUUAAAGCUAACUCUUUUUAUCAUUAAUCAAGAUUACCAACUUCUAAAG